AUGCGUUUCCUUACACUCGCACUCGCUGCAGGCUUGUUGAUCAAGGAAGCCGCAGCUGUAAACGGCCUCUACAUUAUGGGUGACUGGGUGCUAAAAGAGAACCAGAAGGGCGGUCUGGUCAAGAAUCGAAACGGCUGUACAGUCGUCCGCGAAGGAACAGGGCCCUCCCAAUGCCUCGCUGUAGGGAAUAGCGACAAGACCAAGUCGCUCGAGUUCAACGGCGGUGCCUGUACGUUGAAGCUGUUUGACACCGAGGGAAAAUGCGACGAGGACGCGGAACCCUCCUACAAGACUCUGUCGGUCACGAAUGAGGUCAUACAGAAGAAGCAGUUGAAAAAGAAUAGUAUCUGGAAAAGUCGCAAGUUCAGGUGGUACCGGGUAGAGUGUUCUGAUCUCAGGAACUCGUAUAACCGUUACGAAUAUGACAACCGUGUAACCCAGACCUGUUGA